CUACUCUGUAAUGCUCCGCCCAAAAGCCCCCGUGGCAGGGCGACACGCCCGACCCGAAGGCCCGGCCCUCCCGCGGCGGCCCCGCCCCCGCGGGGCGGAUAUCGGUGCCUCUUGAUUUCCCUGGCUCGGGGCCGUGCGGCGGGCGCGCGGGCGGCGGCGCGGCCGGGGGGCGCCCCAGAAGCCUUGGCAGUCGCUCGACGUCUCCGGUGGCUCCGGGGACGGCAGCGGCAGGGCCGUGUCGCGGCUGCUGGAGCUCGUGGUGCCCAUGCACCUCCGGCGGCACCGGGGCGUCAGCGCCGUGGUCCGCAGCGAGGGCGUGAGGUUGGUGCAGGGCCGUGUCGAGGCUGUGCAGCUGUCAGGCCUCGACUGGCACAGCCGCGCGGGCCUGACGGCACGGCGUCUGACCGUCUCGGCGCCCGACGGAGCUGCCCUGAGCUACCUGGAGGUGCUGGCGGGGCGCAUCGCGCUGACGGCACCAGCGUACGGGUGGGCAGAGGCCGUCUUCAGCGCAGCCGAUUUCGGCAACUUCCUGCUCUACAGGCCUGUCACCGACACCGUCCCUGCCAUCCUGGGCGAGAGGUUUGUCUUCUCGGGUGAGGGCGUCAGCAUCGACGUGGCGCGCAAGAAGGGUGGCGUUUGGAGGUCGCCUGGGGCGCCGCAGGGUGCUGGCGGCCUUGGAAGCCGGGCCGCCCCCGGGCGCUGCCGUGACCGUCCGCGUCAUCGACCUGGCCCCCUCCGUCGGCACAGCGGCCGGCGCUGCUGACGGCGAGGCGGAGCGGGUGGGCGAAGCCCUCACGGGCUUCUUCCGAGGGUUGCAGGUAGACCUCGCGGGCGUGGGCCUGCGCUUUGCCGCCAUGGACGUGCGCCCCUGGACGGAGCCGGAGAGCCGCGGGGUGCCGGCGGUGUGGCUGCGUCUGAGUGCGCAGAUCCGACGCAUUCCGAACCCCUUGACGGAUCGGAUAUAGAUUUGCAGUAGUUUGUUUCUGAUCGUGCAUCCGUUUCUUUUCUGCUGUUGCUUCCCUCGCUGCCAGCAAACGGCAGCAGGAAGCGGGCGAUGCUUGCAGAUAUCCAGCUGCCUGCGUCGAGCCCAGCCGCCGUUCCAGCGCAGCAGCGCUUCGUGAAGGUAAGUGUGGUGUGUAUAAACUCACGCCAGAUAAGCGCGCAGUCUGGACUCGCAAGGGUCUCAAACUGGACAGCUCCUAUUGGUCUUGGAACCGUCAAGGACUCC